GAACUACGAAGAAUAGAUUUCGUUAUACCAUAUUAUACUCCUGGCACGUAAAUUUCUAGAUUUCUGGAUCUAGAUUUAUCUUUCUUGAGAGAGAACGACCAUCAGGCCUCUUGGUCUAGGGGUAUGAUUCCUGCUUUGGGUGCAGGAGGUCCCGGGUUCAAAUCCCGGAGGGGCCCGUUUUUUUAAUUGCAAAUUUUAUUUUUUAUAUUUUUCAUUGAAAUACAUAUUAAACAUACAAAAAUUGGAUGAAAAUGAAGAGAGGAAUCAUAUUCACAUAAUUUAUUUCUUUUUACUCUACGUUUUCUACGCUUCAAGUUUACAGCUUAUGUACUUGAGAAUGCGCGAAACCUCUUUCCUCAUGCGCGAGAGAGUCCACGAAACGCAACAGACGCGAGACUGCAUUGUGAUUGGCUACAACGGCACUAGAUGGCACCAAAUGACACUAAGCGACAGGCGACACCAUAGUCACUAGUGGCCACACCGCGGAAGAUACGCAUGACGUAUGGCGCAUGCUCGAGUUUCUCGAUGGUCGGGCAAAAACACAGCUGGUCUACAAUCCUCGAAGCGAGCUGACGGUCGAACGGCUAUCAAUGUAAUUUCCACGAAUUUGUACCGACUUGUCGGAGCCGCGAGCGCCGAGGCUCGCACCAACGUACAGGAAGCCAAAGUCCGUCGAUCGCGAUUGUCCCAUAGUGAUAGUAGUGAACGGUGCGAGUGCAUUCGCCCGAUGUAGCCUGGAGAACAACGCGGUGUCGCAUCACGAGGAUUUUUCACCUCGCUUGGCCCUGGAACAGGCUACAAAGCAGUGGAUACAAAGUUCCGCCACUGUUUCGACACAUCUUUACCCCAACAACAUGUCACAGAUAAACUCGUAAUAUUCGAAGCAACGUAAGGGACGAAGGAAGAGGAAGAGAAAGAAAAAAAAUAAAUGACACAGAAAUGGCGUCUACCAGUGGGCACAAGAGAAACGGCUCCAGCUCGAGCAUGUUUGCGCACAAACGCACCGAAUCGGGGGGUGGUUUCGUCGGUUACAAGCGACCCGAGGGCGGUCACAAACGUGCCGAGAGUAUAUCCAGUGCCUUCGGCCACAAACGAUCCGAGAGUGGCCACAAGAGGAACGAGAGCAGCGGCGGUUUUGGUCAUAAGAGGUCCGAGUCCGGCAGUAAUUAUCACGCUGGACACCGGCGUAACGAAAGUAUGUACGCGAUGACGGGCCUCUACGCGGAAAGCGCCGGCACUGGCACCGACGAUAAUGCGGACCCGCUCCAGACGACCACCGGUAGACUGACCCACGACACCGUCAUAAGGUGUCACAGUAGAAAUCCGAGUUCUGGCCUUGUGGACCAUAGAGAUUUUAUCAUCAAAUGUCACAGCAGAAAUCCCAGUGCUUCUAUGGUGGACAGGGCGGAGAAGGAGAGGGCGCAAACUCCGCCGUUUAAUCCGGACUCCAAGGACUGUGGAAUUCUUAAUUGUAGGCCGGCCUUCAUUCAAAGAUUUGCCGGAAUAAAGGUGUUCGUAUUUCUUCUGUCGUUCCUUGUUACGUUGCAACAAGCGCUUAGCUCAGGUUACAUCAAUUCUGUGAUAACAACCAUAGAAAAAAGGUUUGAGAUCCCGUCCAGUCUUUCGGGCCUUAUUGCGAGCUCUUACGAGAUCGGCAAUGUUAUCACUGUCAUUUUUGUCAGUUAUCUCGGCAGUCGCAGACACAUACCCGUGUGGAUAGCGAUAGGUGCAGUGAUAAUGGGAUUGGGAUCGAUGAUCUUUAUGGUGCCACAUUUCACAGCAGAACCUAACUUGACUACAACUGCGAAUCAUUCCAGUUCGGAUAAUAUCUGCCGUGGAGUAUCCUUACGCGAGCAAGAUAUGGGUUUGGGUCGUCUUUCGUCGGGAUUAUCUUCACCUCCUUUAGCACCACAUAACAAUUUAAGAGGUGACAAUUGUAUACAGGGAUCCCCGUCUACAGCUGGACCUGUCAUGUUAUUUGUACUUGCUCAGUUACUAUUAGGAUGUGGAGGCUCUCCUUUAUUUACUCUUGGUACUACUUACAUAGACGAUCACGUGAGGCCAGAAAGUGCGUCUUUAUAUAUCGGCUGCAUGUACAGUAUGGCAGCUUUUGGACCAGUUUUAGGUUUCCUUCUUGGAGCGUACCUUUUAUCCUUUCAUAUGGAUUCAUUUUCUGGGACAAUUAUAAGUAUUGAUCCUGGAGAUCAUAGAUGGGUCGGUAUGUGGUGGGGCGGAUUCCUACUUUGUGGGUUGCUCCUCAUUUUAGUAGCGAUACCCUUCUUUAGUUUUCCUAAAACUCUACAACGUGAAAAGGAAAAAAUACGUAUUAUAGAAAAGAAUAAACCACUGACUCAAAAAGAAAAGGAACAAUCGAAAGAACCUAAAAAAGAGACGAUUGACGAUAGUGGUUAUGGCAAAGAUGUUAAAGAUAUUCCGCGAAGUAUGUGGAGACUUGUUUGCAAUCCGGUCUAUGUCGUAACAUGUUUAGGAGCAUGCAUGGAGUUGGUGAUUGUGUCUGGUUUCGUGGUAUUUUUACCAAAAUAUCUCGAAACACAAUUCAGCUUGGGAAAAAGUCAAGCCAGCAUCUUUACUGGCUCUGUCGCCAUACCAGGCGCCUGUAUUGGAAUCUUCUUUGGCGGAUGUAUGCUAAAACGUUUAGAAUUAAGGCCGAAGGGUGCAGUGCAAUUUGUUCUCGUCUCAAAUAUUAUUUGUUUGGUGUGUUAUGGUCUGUUAUUCUUCCUUGGCUGCGAAAACGUAAAAAUGGCUGGGACCACUAUUCCAUAUUUUAAUAGUAGUACAAAGGGUCCUGAACCCUUUCAAGUAAAUCUCACUGCCGCAUGCAACUUUGGUUGUGAAUGCCGAAUGACGGAUGUUGAGCCGGUUUGCGGAAAUAAUGGUCUGACUUAUUUUAGUCCGUGUCACGCAGGUUGCACUGCCUUCAGUUCCAAAUCGAAUUUUACAAAUUGCGCAUGUAAGUCUUGUUAUAUCGAUACAAUACUCAUGAUAUUUCUUCUUAGAGGAAAGUACAUUGGAAUUUUUGUCCUAGGUAUACAUGGCAAUUUAACUAUGUUACCACCGGCUGCUCCGGAAUUUGCAGAAGUGACCGUUGUACCAGUAGCAACUGCAGGUCCUUGUACUUCACCUUGUAGAACUAUAUUUCCAUUUCUUAUUCUUUUGUUUUUUAUGACAUUUAUUGUCGCUGUAACUCAAAUGCCUUUACUCAUGAUAGUAUUACGAUCUGUUUCCGAAGAAGAAAGAUCUUUUGCUUUGGGUAUGCAAUUUGUAAUUUUUCGACUAUUUGGUUAUAUACCGGCACCAAUACUGUUUGGCAAUUUGAUUGACUCUACGUGUUUAUUAUGGAAAAGCACUUGUGGAGAAAAGGGAGGUCGAUGUUUACUCUAUGACAUUGAACAAUUCAGAUACAGAUACGUCGGUCUAUGUGCUGGAAUAAAAAUCUUAGCUUUGGCGUUAUUUUUGAUUGAUUGGUGGCUUGUAAGAAGGAGAAGACAAAUGGAAGAUCAACCGCCAUCUUUUACUGUCAACGAGUUUGUAGGGUCAAUUAUCAGUCUAGAUAAACUGUUCGAAGAAAAACCGCAUCAGAAUGUAGGAGAUGGUGAUGCGACUCUACCAAGUUCCGAAAUUGCAACGCCAUCCUCUAUUUCGUCGCCUACAGAACCUACCAAAUCAACGAAUCUCGAGGAAACAGGGUCUUCGAAUCAAACGCAAGAUUCAGUGGAGACGACAAAUCGCUCAAAAAAUAUGGAAAUUGAAGUUCCCGAUACGAGGCAAGCGCCACUUGCCUUACUAGAGCCAGACGUUGAGAUCAAACCUUCAAGUGUUAUGAUGGAAAAUCGUAACCGCAAUGUUUAAUGUUUAUUUUACAUUAGAAACUAUAGAAAUAAAUAUAUCAAAUUGGUGAUACAUAAAUU